AUGCAUAAAACACAAAAUCCUAAAAGGCUACAAGGCUAUGAAACAUAUGAUAAUGGGAGAUUGGAGAAACUAACAAACAGUGAUCCUGAAGAUUUAGAUCAGUUGAGUGACGAAGUUAAUUUUGGUGUCGAAAACGAAACAAUAGAUAAUGUAAGAAAAACUAUAAAUGUAAUUGAUUCUCAUUCUGGUUCAAAUUUUAUUGCAUUGUUAAAACAACGUAUCGAUUCGGGCGAUGAAAUUCUUCGUGAACAUGUUGAACGUGGACCAAAAAAUGCAUUCUACACAAGUCCGUUAGUUCAGAAUGAAAUUAUUGACUGUAUACACAAAUAUAUUUUGAACGAAAUUUUGCAUCGAGUAGAAAAUUGUUUGUUUUCUAUCAUUGUUGAUGAAACAACAGCCGAACAAUUAAGUCUUUCAUUACGAUAUUAUGAUAAAAAAACAAACGAUAUAAGAGAAGAUUUUUUAACGUUCAUAGAAACUGUUUCGUGUACGGGUGAAACAAUAGCUAAUAUUAUUCUUGAUUAUUUAACAACACAUAAUUUACCGUUUGAUAAUUGUGUAGAAUUAAAUAUUCCAAUUGUUAAUACAUUAGACAAAUUUAGAUAUGGAACAUUGAAAGAUUCAACAGCUGAACAAUUGUAUCAUGCCACAACCAAUUUUCAACAUAUAAUUUCAACUUGUAUUUCAUGUUUUUUAUUAUCAGAUAUUGUUCCCAUUAGUCGUUUACUACAAACAGAAACAUUGGAUUUUUCAUCAGCUAAUCGAAAUGUUGAUAAUUUAUUAGAUAUAUUUGAACAACGAAAACGGCAGGCUCAAGAUUAUUUUCGUAAUGUUGUUUAUAGUCACGUUGAUGAAUUAUGUAAAGAAUUGUUUAUCACACCAUCUAUUCUGCGUCAUUCAAUAUUAGCUUUGGGAAAAAAAAAUAUGUCAAUUUGUGAUCUAGAACAAUUUUAUCGUGCUCAUGUUUAUUUACCAUUCUUAGACGAACUAAUUAAUAAUAUUAAAAGCCGAUUAUCUGGCUUAAAAAGUGAGCGAAUUAUUUUAUUAAGGACAUUGCGAUCGGAAAGAAUUAUAAAUGAAAAACCAUUUGAAUUAACAAAACAUUUAUCGAAACACUUCGCUGAUUGUUUAUCAUCACCAUUACAAUUAAAUUCUGAAUUAGAAAGAUGGCAUAAAAAAUGUAAUGAUUUAAUUAAAAUGGAUAAUGAUUGGAGAAAAAAAUGGUUAAAUGAAUUAAUUAAAGAAACAGACAAUGUAUUAUAUCCAAAUAUUCGUUAUUUAUUAAUUUUCUUGGCAACAUUGCCUGUAUCAACUGCUUCUGCUGAAAGAAGUUUUAGUCAAUUAUCGAGAAUUAAAAGUUAUUGUCGGUCUACAAUGAAACAAAAUAGACUAAACGGACUUGCUGCUGCAUACAUUCAUGGUAAAAAACCGUUUCGCCAAAAGACAAUUCGCCAUGGCGAAAUGUCAUGUGUCGUUUCGCCAACUGGCGAAAUGUCGUGUGCCGUUUCGGCCAUUGGCGAAGUGCCAAUGCCGUUUCGGCCAGAAUUUGUAUAG